AUGGGCUACGUGCUUUUGUGAAUGAAAUGUUUAGCUCCGCAUUUAUUUCCCCCCCACCUUCCAUGGGCAUUCAUUAAAUAUUUUCUACAUCUGCCCUUAAGGGUUAUUUUGCUCAGAGGGCUGUGGGGAACGUGGACAUAGUUUGAGGUUGUGGUUCGUACUUUAGUUAUAUUUGGGGGAGAGUUAUAAUGCACCGCAAUUGGAAGUAUAAAAAAGUUGUGGGUUGUAUAAGUUAUCAAGUGAGAUUUGCGGCGCUCUCUGCAGGAAACACAGUCUGCUUGAGUUCAAAGCCACAUGCACCAAUGUGCCGUAGAAGCCAUUAAAAUAUCAUCCUGGCUGGUCGUUCCCGCUUCUAACAUUCCUAAACUCAUUCCAGAAAGACCAAAAAGAAGAGACGCGGGACUGACGUCUUCCUUGUUUUGCAUAGAUUUAACGCAACUUUAAGGCGUUUAAAAUCUGGAGGACCUCUUCAACAGGUGGAUACCGGUAAGGCAGGCGCGCGUGCAGAAGAGAAUGCAGAACUUGUGACCUCUAUUUUAGGUUGGUUUAACAAAAAAAGACGCUACAAGACAGGCUGGGUUCAUCCACAGACGCUGCGUAUUUGUAUUUGUAAUGGAAUAAGGACAUGGCUUUGUUAACUUAGAUCUACGAUACAUUUAGAUGCAGGGGUAACAGACAAUUCGCCUGUGCGAAAUAACGGGCUACAACAUCGGUUCUUUGUAUGCUAUUUUCUCAGUUACGGCAUCAAUUACUCAUAGAGUAUGUAUGCUGUGAUCCUUCGUUAAUUCACAGUGCAUUGUUUCAUGUAACGUUUUAAACUGGAAUUUCAGUCCAGCACUUGCGGCCGCAAAAUACAUUUUGUUUUCCUGUAAUUUCUAUUAUUUAUUUAUUUAUUUAUUUAUACUGUUAAUCAUAUAUGACAUAUAAUACCUCAGGAUGGAAUUACAAUGCCUUCAUUAAUACUUUAAUUGCAACUACUUUAAUAUUUAAUAUUUUGAACUAUAUUGCAUAAAAUCAUUGUCUUUUCUUUAAAAAGGGCACCCUACUUUUAACCAAUAGAUAUUCAGAGUGGAAGUAAAUUUCGCUUUGUAUUCCACAGAUGCCUUCGCAGAGUACAUAUGCGACCCGACUCACGUUGUAUAGGCUACAACUGUUAUUUUAUAAACAUCUUUAGGAUGUCAUAAUUCAGAAGAUGUUUGCUUACUCAUGACAUGUUUGAUAUGGUGUUGUCAACGAGGGCCUUUGACAGGUCAAUUACGCCAAAAAUCCUCAAGAGAACCAAAUUCACAUCAUUGCCUUACUUCCUUUCCACCAUGGGGGAUUUGAGCCGAAUUAACCAUUGGAUUUCUCCAGACACUCUUUAUUAUCAUGUGUUCGCGGUCUACAGUAAGACGUCGUGUGUUUAGACUUGCACUUCAAACAUUAAUUGUGUAAAACGAAUCGUACAUCUUAUUUGUUCAUAGAGCGUGGAUAAAAACAUCAAUUUUUUUCAUAUCACUCAUUAAAGAGAAAAUAAAUGGGAUCAGUUAUACUACGCGUUGUAGGCUACAUAAAUAUAUCCUCUCAUCUCUAAUUCGUAUAUAUCCUUUGUCUCAGCUGGUGCUACCAAGAAUAAAACAUUCAGCAUUAACCACUAAAUAUUUAGUCAUUGGUAAAAAGGUGCGGCUCUACACGAAUUAGCUGUCUGACCUAACCUGUAGAGCACGGAUUUAGGAAACUUGUACGGUUUGUUUUUUCAUGAUUGACACCCACCGUUAAAAAAAAUAAUUUAAAAAGUAACAAAAUCUGAAAAACAAGACCCGUUCAAAUGCGUGUGAUUAACCUGCCACUCAAAACAGGGGACAUGCGAGGAGUCCAAUAAAAUGUGAAAAUUGCAUAAUUAAAUAUUUCCCUCUCUAAUGUAUCCAGCUGACUUGGAAAAAAGGGCGUACGCCAUUGAUAUAAGCGAACGGUCAUACUGAAUCAAGUAGCUAUAGAAGUGAACAAGCUGAAUAUUAUAAUUGAAGACCGUGUUAGACUGCGUGGCAUUGACCUGCAGGUAGUAAAAUAUUGGCGUGACAUUCUUUCAAAGGGGAUUGUGGUUUUCCUGCCUUAGCACCACGCAUUGUUCUUGGAGACCAACAAAUCAGCGAUUGACUACUAUGGGCACUCGUAUAAUCCGUCCAGUGCUUUCGCAGAUUUUAUAUGAUAUGUGACACGUAUCUAAGAGCAACUAUUUGACCUUUUGGGGUCAGUUAACAUAGUGAGUCUUAUUAGUCUCUCUGUGAUAUCAUCAGAAUACAACAUCCACGGAUUUACAAUGACGGCCUGUUGUAUCGUUUUCGUCCGUAUUUUACUUCGCGUCUUCUUCUUCUUGCUCUUCUUAUUCUCUAUUAGGUGCCUCCUCCUGUGCUCUUCAUCUGUUCCGACUCUGGGCCAGAAUCUGACAGCUACGUGAACAAUAUUACUUCGGAUCAUAACAACAGGUCCCUUACCAUUACUUCUGUUUCUGGGACACUGGCCGACGUUUCAUCUAUUCACAAAUGUAGAGAAACGGAUCCCAUGGCAAAGUAAAAGAGGGGUGGGCAGCUGAAGGAAAAGGGGCUUGGGGGUGUUUUCGGAAUAAGCGCAGAACUUCCAGAAAUCACCAAUUACUGUAUCCGUUUCUCAUGUGAAUAUGCAGAAUCUCGCACCUUGCCACAUUUCUACUCAAACCUACCCACGACUGUCUUACAAUAUUUUUCAAUUGUUCAGCGUUGUUGAAAUUGUUUUAGAGAGUCACAUACAAUUAGUAAUAUUUAAUUGUGCCUUACAAUGUUUAAGACAACUCAUUUGUGCGCUUUUUAAUUUCGUCUUCUAAUGCAGACGAGAAUUGUCGAUGUUAAAUAAACUCUGAUAGAGUACAUUUUCUUGAAAAAUUUUGAUCUCUGAGAGAAAACGUUACUGAUCAUGCCCCAUUAUUGGUAAACAAAAAAGAAAAAAAAAGUAAAAGUUAAAAAUUAUAUAUAUAUAUAAAGUUUAGGGGGGUUACUGCAUUAUUGUAUUCUCAGUGUUAUAAAUAAAUAUACUUUCUCCCUCUUUGUAUUGUCUCAGGUCAGCGCAGGCGCUCUGGUUUCUUGGUGUAGCUAAAGCAUUUUUCUUUAUUGGAAACUGUCACAAGUGACGUCAAUCAUUGAGCUCCGACCAAUUAGAAUGCUCCAUCAUUGUUUAGCUCCGCGGGCUGCAGCGCCUACCAUGAAUCUCUAUUCAGUAUAUCAAAGCGUCCUGCUGCUGCCUCUCAACCGAAUGGGAUUCCAUGUAGGCACUGAGAUAGGCUGUGAACUUUAGAAAGUUUUUUUUUUUUUCAUUGCUAUUAAAAUAUAUUUGUCAUCAUCAUUAUUAUUUUGCCUGCUGUCAAGUUAUUCCAAAAUUAGGAGUAAUGAGCGUGGAUACUUUGGGAAACUUUAUGAUGGACACCGCGUUUUCCAAACGGAGCACGGCGCUGAGAUUAGUUGACUUGGCAGGGGCUCACCACCACCAUCAUCACCACCAUACCCCUCAGAGCGUGACAGGCAUCCCGGGGUUCAGCAGCCAUCCACAUUCAAUGGCUCACACGCACCCUGGGGAGAUUACUGCAGAACCCCGCCUGGGGCCGAGUCCAUUCGGGCCAGAACACAUGGGGCACUCCGCGGCCCUCAAAAUCAGCCCAGCCCAUCAUUAUCCUCACCACCAUCAGCACCACAAUCAUCAUAUGGCAGGCCACAGUGAAGUGGUCUCCAGUCAAACGAGAGCUUUUGGGCCGCUCCAGCCUGCGACAGUCCCAUACUCUAUGUCUCAUACGGCCCAGGCAUUGUCGCCAGGUAGGGAUUUCCUCAUUCGAAGAGAUCUGACAGUUCAAGGCAUGCCAGGGCUGACCGAGCAAACUCCUGCUACAGCUUCUCAUCACGGAAUGUUUGUUUCGACAACAGGUAGCUAUCCUGGAUACUAUGGUCAUCAUCCGAACGGUGGAAGCCAUACCCUCUUCCCUGGACUCCAUCACGAACCGCCAGCGAACGGAGCUCCAGGUGGCCAAGAACUGAAUGGACAAAUAAGGUUAGGAAUACCAGGAGAAAUGUAUGUUCGGUCUGAUCACUUGAGUCAAGUGACUGGCUCUCCGUUGCACGGCUACGGCGGAAUGAAUCUUAACAUGAAUCUCAGCGCCCACGGACCCGGGGCUUUUUUUCGGUACAUGAGGCAACCGAUAAAGCAAGAGCUUAUUUGCAAGUGGCUGGAGCCAGAGCACGCGGCGAAAAAACUUUGCUCUAAAACUUACAGCACUAUGCACGAACUUGUUACACAUGUUACAGUCGAGCAUGUUGGUGGACCUGAGCAAGCAAAUCAUAUCUGCUUUUGGGAAGAAUGUCCGCGAGAAGGAAAACCUUUUAAAGCGAAGUACAAACUUGUAAAUCACAUCAGAGUACACACCGGCGAAAAACCCUUCCCCUGCCCGUUUCCCGGCUGUGGGAAAGUAUUCGCAAGAUCUGAAAACCUCAAGAUCCACAAAAGGACCCAUACAGGUGAAAAACCUUUCAAAUGCGAGUUUGAUGGAUGCGAUAGACGUUUCGCUAACAGCAGCGAUCGAAAAAAGCACUCCCACGUGCACACCAGCGAUAAGCCUUACAACUGCAAAGUGAGGGGUUGUGACAAAUCCUACACUCACCCGAGCUCCCUGAGAAAACACAUGAAGGUGCAUUGCAAGUCUCCACCUCCGAGCUCGGGCUACGAAUCUUCGACCCCAUCUCUCGUGUCUCCUUCUUCGGACUUGGGUCGAGACCCAACUUCCUCUGGCCACUCCGAAUCCCUGCACUCAUCGCAAGCUGCAAAUUUAAGUGAGUGGUACGUUUGUCACAGUUCGGGAGCGAGUGGGACUCAGACCCCUCCAAGUAGCUCGUCUUCACCUGACCCCGCGGACGGGCCGUCCGACAGAGAAACUGAGUCAAGGGACGCAUUCUAAGUAGCACGUGACCCAGAACAGUUUUUGUCCACAUACCGAGGAUGUAUAGACGUAAAAAAAAACAAAAAAAAACUAUUGGCCACCUUUCCGUAAUGCACUGGGGCACGUACACAUAAUGAAAGUAUAUAUAUAUAUAUAUAUAUAUAUAUAUAUAUAUAUAUAUAUAUAUAUAUAUAGCGGAUAUUGCUGCGAUAUCUUGUAUUGCUUUAUCAUGCGCAUGAUGCUGUUUUUUAUGUAAAUGUAUUUCAGUCUCAGUAUUUCUUUAAUUUAUUUUUUAAAUCUAACAGGAAUUUUUUGUAUUUUUUAACCAAAGUGUUUCAAUGGACGAUUAUGUACAAUUGUAAAUGGUGAUGUUUUCAUGUAUUGUGUUAACUGAAAUUUUGUAAACUGAAGUCACUGGGGAAAAUAUUUUGUAUUGUUUACUACUGGUUUGUAAAAAAUAUUAAUUUAAGCAUUUCGUACAGAAUAUAAUUGUACAUGUGUGCAUUCAGUAAGCCCACAAUUCCAGUAGCAUUCUUGCAGCAUUUGAUAUUACCUAUAUUGCUUUCAUUAUGAUUACUGCAAUUUUUGAUAAAUGUGAGCAAUUUUGUGUUUUUGUUAAGAAUAACAUUUUUACGAAAAUUUUAAUUAAAAUUAUUCCAGAACUAUCGGUAUAUGUACCAAACAACCUUGUACUUUUGUUAGUAUUUUGAAUAAAUCGUAGUCUAAAUGAUUGUAUUGUCAAAACGCAUAAGAUUUGUUGCCAAAUUGUCGUGGAAAAUGUACAAGUAAAAUAUAUACAAACGGUACGUUUGCAAUGCUUGCAAAUGCAGCUCAAUAAAUAAUUUCCUUAACGAUUCA